AUGAUGCACUUCCUCUUGAUUUUAGGCGACUGGCCGGCCGAUCCGAUGCUUACAGGCGCUCGCUUUUUGACAUAUAUGCUCAUGUAUGCGAGCAGCGACGCUUUGGAAGAAAUUGGGAAGAGAUUGGAGAAGCUUUACCUGAAAAUCAUCCAGAGGGACAGCUUUCAAGUGCAGGGAGGUGCUUCACUCUGAUAUAAUCACUCGUUGUAGCGUAUUUCUUGUGUCUUCUGUUUUUCAUGGAUCUGCUUUCAAAGAUUCACUUACUUGAGAAUCAUGGCAAGGUGAGUGUUCAAGUUUUUGCUGAUCUGACAUCAAGUUUUGCAUUCAUUCAGAAAGAAUUGGCUUGAGAAUAAAACUGGCAUCAUAUCCUCAGACUGGGAGAAGGCGACAGCGCGGACAGCAACGAACAACCCUGGCGCGAAGCAGAUUGUUGUUAAACCGGGUAUGAAAGGCCUGCCGCUAGCUCAUCACAUUGCUCCGCUUGCAAGCAAUAACCUGGAAGACGCGACUUUGACGCAUGCGCGUAUUCAUCUAGUGUGGGCGCACGUAAUGAUGCUGUUUACGUUGAAGGUGAAGCAGGCUAGGGAGGUUCUGAGCGGCGGCUUGAAUGUGAUCGGGUACUCCUCAGACGGUAUCACGGUAGGAGGCAAGCACAUUGAGCAAGUCCGUCUGCGAUCCGACUGGUUCCUGAAAGGAGCAAUGUGCACUCUUCCUCUUCCACCACUUGAAAUAGAAGCGUGGUCUAGCUCGGACAUGCAGAAGGUCAUCAGUGAAGUGGCUGGCGAUAAGGCACAGAAGGAGACUGAAGAAAUGCUAAGAGCAGCGAUAGAACAAGCAGCCAUCAGGAAACGAGUGUCGUACAUCAUCAGCGUCUCGUCUUUGGGCAUCAAGAGGGCCCUGCGAAUCAUGAUGGACAGAGGACCUGGCAACAGGAAAGUGUGGAUCUUCUUGAUGUCUCUAGGAUUUCCAAUUCACCUAGACUGGGAUCCGCAUCACGUCUCCAGCGGCGAGCUGGAGCACCUCUUCAAAGUGGCGAAACCGCCAGGGUUCGAGCGCCUGUCGAAAGUGAGAUCAACCGCAGAUGGAGUACAUUCUCUGAAAAUAACCGGCUUUAUGCAGAAGUUCAUCGAUUUGCCUGACGAUGACAUACUCGAGCUCGCGCAGGAGGCUGAGCCCGAGGUUCGUGUUUCCUAUGGUGCGCACGGGACCGAUGCAGAGCUGGCGCAGCGGCUUCGACAAGCUGCGAAGGAGAUCAGGUCUGCUAUAUCCACCUUCACAUCCGAGAAUCGAUUUGCAAAGGAUAUCUAUGCCGCGGAGCACAUCGUUCCGAAUUGGGAUCUAUGGCACCUUGCAGUUUCUUGCAUUUUGCGGAAAGAACGACCUGGGUUUCACUCUAUUUCAGCGCGCCGCGUCAUCGCGAAGAACGUGGAAAAGCAUGGUGCGCGAGCGGAUUACAUCGGCAUUCAGUUUGCGCCACAUCAGAUGGACCUCAUGCUGCGAACGCUUACAUUGGAUGAGUACCACAACGGGACGCAGGAUGAUGGUACUGGGCUUACGUCGAUUUGUAUCAAAGGACAUUAUGCUUAUAAGCAGGACCUGUUUCUACACGUGAGACCAUUUGUCUAGCUGUUCACUAAAUCAACACGUUGUACCAAAGAAAUUCGUCAUUAUUCUGUGCUCUGUGACGUCUUUCUCCUCUCUCUUGACUACAGAUGCGCCGUACGCUUAUGCGGGAAUCGACAAAGAACAAGAGGCAGAAGACCAGAGAGUUCUGACGACUGCAAAGAGAAACGCACUGAACCUUCCACUUCCAAGUGCUGACAAGCAUGACGCCGAAGACGAGUUGAACCAGGACGGUACCAAGACAGCAAAUAUCGGAAAGAACGACGACCAGGGUCCGUGUAUAAACACAAAGCGUCAGGCACGCGUUGCAGACAUGAAGAAGCGCGUAGAAGAAGCAGCGCGACCGGAGCCGCCAGUCCCAACAGAGUCUGCAGUAGACAUGAGCUUACUGGGUGUCUUGUACCAGCUGUUCUCGGUGGAUGAGAGCAAGCUCCGGUGCAUACUGCUGCUGAAGUAUGGGAAGCCCAUGCUCUGGUUUCACUGCAUGGGAAUAAUGCAGACUUGGCGGAAUUUGAUGGCCCGCGUAUCUUUCUAUGCGGAGCAUCCAUCUAUGAUGAGCGAAGUGGCUUACGUUUUUCGGAAACCUAUCUCAACGCGGGAGCUCCUUAUAGACGAGCGCUUGAAGGCCGAGAACUUUCUGGCUCGAACAGUUGGGCGUAUUGUGGAUGGGGUAUAAUUUUUCAUCUAAAGUAGUCCGGUAUUACUCAGUGAAGAUCUGCUGUGUGUUGAAGUUUUACUGUCUCUAUGUCUCAACUUUUUCUGUGGCAUGCGCGAGCCGGUGCUUGGAUUCGUGUUGUUCUUGAGCAACUCCUUCUACUUUUCACAUAGAGCUCCACUCUAUGGAGACUGAUCAUCUAUUCUUGUCCAUCUGCAUGCUAUUGAACAUCAUAGAGGAAACUACUCCAGGUAUAUUCUAUCUCGAUGCAAACUGCACGAUUGCGAAUGUGCAUGUGGAAUAGGAUUUUUCUUUAUGCGAAGAACACUUCUCUGGACCUCACGCCCGAAGAGCUUGCGACGGUUUGCCAAGACAGCGACUUGACGAAGAAAUUUUCUUGGGUAUUACGAAAUCCCAAGACUUUCGUCAGCCCGGAAGAGUCGACGCCUUUAUCUUUUGCGACGCGGCCAUCGGUGUACCAGACGAAGCUAGACGUUGACCCGGUCGACCGUGAAUCAGCCGACCCGACGCAGGCGACCUUCGCGGAAGGUUUCACAACGUUUGACUCUAGUGUGCCACAGGUUUCAGCGUUCGAGUUCGAGAAGACUCUCAUAACGCGGAUCCGCAAGCUGGAAACUGAUCGUCACGAGCUCGCAGCGGAGAUUGUUGGCUACUUAAUGGGCGUGCAGAACUUCCACUGCGUGAAGGAGUUCUACAAUUACGUCGGGCGCGAUAGUGAUCCUUCUACGGCUGUUGCGUUUGUUACCGAGUGGCAGGCGCCAGCAGCUUUGAGCACACGCGAUAUUGAAGCAAAGGGCGCAGACCUGAGCAAAAAGGGCAGGAAGGCGCACCACGCUGGCUACCACACAGGUUUAUGAGUGGCUUACUGACUAAAAGCCUUGGAAUCAUAUAGGUUCCUUUCGGGUAUUUCUUAGUUUCUUUUCAUAGGGAUUGUCAUCUCUGUAUCGUUUCAGAUGCGUCUCCAGGGAGGAGAAGAAGCGCAGUCUGCAAACGUCUUAGUGCGUAGACUUCUCCUCGAUAUAUUUCAUUGCAGUCUAUGUGGCUUUCGUCAGAGAAGGCGGAGCUACUUGAUGCACGCUUGUGCUGUGACUCGAGCUAGAGCCUCUCAUUCUUGCAGCAGGCGUGGCAUCUCCGUGAAUGUCUUGUGCCGACGUGGAUUCCGUUUCUACGUGCCUCAACUGAAGGCAUCAGGAAGCCGCGAAACGUAGGAACGAAGGAAAGCUUCUCAGUUUUCGAUGGCAGAGAAGACUUCCGGAAGUAUGGCGCUUCUAGUGCGCAGGAGCUACUGGACCUUGCUUUUCCUGAUGGUGGAGAAUUCGAGGCGAACACCAUAGGUUUUAGCUCGGUGAACGAUGUGCAGGACUUCUUGGGGCAGUACCAGAGCACCUUGAUGCAGCAUGAUGCUUUUUCUGCAGCACUUCGAUACUUGGCUGAUUGCCCGAAGGUGAAAGUAGAGGAGGCUGCCGAUGAAAUCAAGAAGCUUCUUUCUGUUGCGCCAGAACAUCACGACUUCAAUAAGGAGCAGCAACAACAGCUCAAGGACUUCUCUUUUCCAAUAGAUCAAAUCCCAUGGAUUCUAGUAGCGGAGUUCCUCAUCUAUGAGAAGUUUUCAUUUUUCCAUGCUGCUACUGCCGAGAAUGAUCGCCGAUGGAAAUAUGGAAGAGUGCAUGCUAUUUGGAUGGACGGGCUGCUCAGUCAAUGCAAGAGCUGCAAGGCGCCACUUGUUCUGACGAUUACACCCCGCAAGAACCCCGACAUGAAACGCUGCAUCUGGAUACUUGAGGUGCUUGUGCGUUUGCGAGUCGCGCUUGGCAUUGAGCUCGACUUGGCUACGCUGGAGGACUGGGAGAAGCUUUCUGUUCCAGCAGAGAGCGAUCCUGUCCCAAUGGAUGUGGAUGGAGAGGGUGACGCCGCAGACAAUGCAACCACAGGCAACCUUGGUGGAGGCCAACAGCCUGCAGGCUCCGCUUUCGGCACUGAUAAAAAGGAGGCAGUUCGUUAA